AUGCCAAUCCGCCGUCUAAACGAGGCGUGGAGACGAUCGACGGCAACGACCGACGACGGUAACGAGGACAAGCACAAGGACGACGAGAACAGGCAACAACCAAAAAUACCGAAAAUGCGCCAACCAUGUCAUGAGGUCAACGGCAUAUCAGAUAUGCGCCUGGGGAUGUCGUGUAACACUCCCAGCAGCUACCCCAACAGGGCAGGGCAGGCCGCAGACAUCCUUCGUCUUUCUUCCCUGCCAGGCGCUUACACCACCCCUUCGUCGUUCGCCAGCCUGACGUACCCCAUUAUCUGUCUCUCCCUUAUCUGCACUCACCUCGGCGGACCUCACUUCACCUUACCUCACCUCGCGUCACGCGUCGCGUCGCCUCACCUCGCUAAACCCACCUCGCUAAACCCACCUCGCCUUGGCCCUUCUCUUAUCGCAGCGCGCGCAACCCUCCCGGCGCUGCGGCCCUUGAUCCUGGGCAGGCCUUUUGCGACCUUUCCUGCUGCGACCCCUGGGCCCUGGCUUGGCCUUGACGAAACCAUGAUCGACGAGUUUAGAUACCUAUUCCUCCCGCAAGGCACGCCCCUUCCCUUCCCUUCUCUUCCCGCCCGUCGAGCCAGCGCGCCGGGCCUGAUCAAUGGCCCAUCUCCAACUCCAACUCCAACUCCAACCCCAAUCACAAUCACAACCCCUGCUUUUCCCUCCGCCGACAUGGCGGAAUCCCUCGCCAAACACACGGAUCACGCGGUGUCCGGGAACGUGCAUGGCGUCGAAAGAGUUGUCCUGAUAUUGGUGCUGAUGCAGACACGAGCCCCGGAGAACCCCUUGCCUCCCGGUCCCUCGCAUACCCCGAAAUACCAUACCAGACCCAUAACACUGGCCCCCCCCGGCCCUUGCAGGACGAUGGACCAUGCGAACAUAUUCUUAACCCAUGCAUUGGAUGGGUGUAUGUGCGAGCUUAUCAAGAAGGCAGCUAACCCGAGUCUUCUUCCCUGGCCGCCGCACUGGAUACGGAGGUGGAUACGUCACACGCCUCGGCCUCGCAUUGCUGCGUGGGGGCCGACGGGCAUUUAUGACCCGGGGUUCACGCGCCCACCCGUCGCAGCCGUGGUCGUAAUCGUAAUCAUGCGCCGGGUCAUCUAUCGCCCGCAUCCCCUCCCCGCCUUUGCUCACCUCCCGCCUACCUGUUCGGCAGGGGGGUCGGUCCUUCCAGCUGGUAAAGUGCUGCGUACUAUCGCCCAAAUGGGACAGGAAUGGGAACCGAGGCCACUGGGGCGGGAGGAAAUGUCUCGAGGCUUGGCUCGUCCGUUUGUCUGGGCCUGCUGUUUUGAUGUCGUACACCAUCCUUGGAGCGAAACAAGCGGGCUGCAAGCUCGGCCGUACUAG